AUGGCGCCAUCUGUGGAAAGCCAAAACUGGGUAAAAGGUACACGCCCCUGGCCUGGGCACGCGCCCGUGCUCGCCCCGAGCUACGUUGCGGGAUACGGAGCGGGCAAGCAAGCGUACGCUACGGCAUCCAAUGAGCGCAGCAGUCAGUCUCCACCUUCUUCCGAGAAUCUCUGCGCACAUGCGCUAAGGCCACAAUCCCACCGUAUAGCCACCAUUAUAAACGCCCACCGAGCUGUGGCCGUCCGUCUGGUCGGCGCCACAGUCUCCCGGAGUUCCAAGGUCGCCCGCCACCAGGAGAGCUGGAAAGGUCUUAGUCAUGAUGCUUUUAGAAUUGCUUCAAGGCGGGAUUAUGCGUCAGAAGCAAUCAAGGGAGCAGUUGUUGGUAUUGAUUUGGGUACUACCAAUUCCUGUGUGGCAGUUAUGGAAGGUAAACAAGCAAAGGUGCUGGAGAAUGCUGAAGGUGCCAGGACCACCCCUUCAGUUGUGGCCUUUACAGCAGAUGGUGAGCGACUUGUUGGCAUGCCAGCAAAGCGACAGGCUGUGACAAACCCAAACAACACAUUCUAUGCCACUAAGCGUCUGAUUGGCCGGCGAUAUGAUGACCCUGAAGUACAGAAAGACACUAAAAACGUACCCUUCAAAAUUGUUCGUGCUUCCAAUGGUGAUGCCUGGGUUGAGGCACAUGGAAAACUCUAUUCUCCAAGUCAGAUUGGAGCAUUUGUGUUGAUGAAGAUGAAGGAGACUGCAGAAAAUUACUUGGGGCAUGCAGCAAAAAAUGCUGUGAUCACAGUCCCAGCUUAUUUCAAUGACUCUCAGAGGCAGGCCACUAAGGAUGCUGGCCAGAUAGCUGGAUUAAAUGUGCUUCGGGUAAUUAAUGAACCCACAGCUGCUGCUCUGGCCUAUGGUCUAGACAAGUCAGAAGAUAAAAUCAUUGCUGUAUAUGAUUUAGGUGGUGGAACUUUUGAUAUUUCUAUCUUGGAAAUUCAGAAAGGGGUAUUUGAGGUGAAAUCAACCAAUGGAGACACUUUCUUAGGUGGAGAAGACUUUGACCAGGCCUUGCUACGACAUAUUGUAAAAGAAUUCAAGAGAGAGUCAGGAGUUGAUUUGACAAAAGACAACAUGGCACUUCAGAGGGUGCGGGAAGCUGCUGAGAAGGCCAAGUGUGAACUCUCCUCAUCUGUGCAGACUGACAUCAACUUGCCAUAUCUCACAAUGGAUGCUUCUGGACCGAAGCAUUUGAACAUGAAAUUGACCCGUGCUCAGUUUGAGGGGAUUGUCACUGACUUAAUCAGGAGAACUAUCGCCCCAUGCCAAAAAGCUAUGCAGGAUGCUGAAGUCAAUAAAAGCGAUAUAGGAGAAGUGAUUCUUGUUGGUGGAAUGACUAGGAUGCCCAAGGUACAACAGACUGUGCAGGAUCUUUUUGGGCGAUCCCCAAGCAAGGCUGUUAAUCCUGAUGAGGCUGUGGCCAUUGGAGCAGCCAUUCAGGGAGGUGUGUUGGCUGGUGAUGUCACCGAUGUGUUGCUCUUGGAUGUCACUCCGCUUUCUCUGGGUAUUGAGACUUUGGGUGGUGUCUUUACAAAACUUAUUAACAGGAACACCACUAUUCCAACCAAGAAGAGCCAGGUAUUUUCUACAGCUGCUGAUGGACAGACACAAGUGGAGAUUAAAGUAUGCCAGGGUGAGAGAGAGAUGGCUGGAGAUAACAAACUUCUUGGUCAGUUUACUUUGAUUGGGAUUCCCCCAGCCCCUCGUGGAGUCCCUCAAAUUGAAGUUACAUUUGACAUUGAUGCUAAUGGAAUUGUACAUGUUUCUGCCAAAGAUAAGGGCACAGGACGUGAGCAACAGAUUGUGAUCCAAUCUUCUGGUGGAUUAAGCAAAGAUGAUAUUGAGAAUAUGGUUAAAAAUGCAGAGAAAUACGCUGAGGAAGACCGACGAAAGAAGGAACGCGUUGAGGCCAUUAACAUGGCUGAAGGAAUUAUUCAUGACACAGAAACCAAGAUGGAAGAAUUCAAGGACCAAUUGCCUGCUGAUGAGUGCAACAAGCUAAAAGAAGAGAUUUCCAAAAUGAGAGAACUCCUGGCUCGAAAAGACAGUGAAACAGGAGAAAACAUAAGGCAGGCAGCAUCCUCCCUUCAGCAGGCAUCUUUGAAGCUCUUUGAAAUGGCAUACAAAAAGAUGGCAUCUGAACGAGAAGGCUCUGGAAGUUCUGGCACCGGGGAACAAAAGGAAGAUCAGAAGGAGGAGAAACAGUAAUAGUAAAUUUUGGAGCAGAAAGGAAAACAUCAUGACGCUUGGGAAUGAAUGGACUUCCUGAGCAGAAAUAGGCAAACUUCAGUCUUACUGUGUUUUUGCAGUAUUCUAUAUAUAAUUUCCUUAAUGUGUCCAUUUAGUGACUGUUAGCUAAUGAUCAUUUAAUGACUGAUAAAUUCCAACAGUGCAAAGUUCACAGUGUUCUAUCCCUAGCCUGUCAUUUUCCAGCUGCAUGUUAAAGGUGGGAGAGGAAGGACAAUGUAUUAAAGAGUGGUAUUGCUUUGUGCUGAA